AUGGUAGCCGACGAUCGACAGCGAAAUCGCGCGCUCGGACGGCGUCGUGCGACGGCAAUACGCUUAGCCUUUAGUGCGCUCAUGUUCACGUGCGCGGCGAACUCGCUGGUGUGGCUUCAGGGAUUGACGUCGAGCGCGGGUGCUACCGAACGCGAAGUGUCAUCACGCGCGCGACGUCGAGAUGCGGAGACGUGUAAAGUCGAUGCGCCGACGAGGCUGGCUGAACGUACGGCGCGUGAUAGACUUUUCGGGUACAGACGACGAGACGUAGGCGCGCUCGCGGCGUUGCGAGGCGAUGGUGUGACGCUCUCAACGUCGACGACGCGCUGGCGCGAUCUCCAAUAUGGAGACGCACUGGAUCGGUACGGGUUCUUUGUUACGUCUGAACCGGUUUUAAGCGAGAAAGAGGCGGACAAGACGCGGGCGCACCUGCUCAGUCUGUUGCGAAGUACGGAUGUGUACGAGCAAAACGAUGGGUGUCUCGGCGAACUUGCGGACUGUCAGGAGAGAUUUGAUUUGUCUCUUCGACUCACAACGACUGUGACACGCGCGGUGAAUAAGAUUGUGUCCACACUUAAGCCCGCACUGGUGGAUAUAUUCGGCGAUGAAGACUGUGAACUCGUAGAACUGAGUGCGUUGAUCACAUGUAAAGGCUCACCCACGCAAGGCAUCCACAGUGAUGCGGAAGGGGUGAAAGGAGACGAUCGACUUGUCAGCGUGUUCGUAUCAUUACAAGACACCCCCACGAAUCUUGGUCCAACGCACGUUUUCUUUAACUCACCGAAUGCUGUAACAGAGUUUGACUACUAUUCCGCACUCAUGCUGAUGAGGAUUGUGGCGGCCGAGCUCAAGAACUCGACGGUUGCGUUAAGAGAUCAUGGUCUUGGUGAUAUUUAUAUCAAGCAAGGCGUCGCAGCCAUCCCAGAAAACGAGGUUGCGACAGAAGAAGAACUAAAAUUCUUCAAUGCGCACUGUAGAGUCGAUGAGAGGGAUAAUACACUGGCAUUCUAUCCCCCUUGGGAGUCCUCCCCAAACGCCCGUCUCGUGUUUGGCGUCGUCGCUGCUACGCGACAGGGAGCCGCUCUCGUGUAUGACUCGCGGACUCAACACAGAGGUGGAGCUAACACAGUAGGAGCGCGAGUACAACUUAUGUUUAGUUUUCAGACGAAGCGUGCUUUUGUGGCUGGGUCGACAUUCACAAUGCGACGUAGGUAUCAUCGCAUUGAACGCAUGCCACUGACCCUCAUGGAGAGAGCGACUCUGACAUCAUUUGGGCAUGAAUACGAGAAAAGCAAGUCGAACCUUGCGUGGUACCUGCGAGUAUUCGGAAAGAUACGCCUUCGAGACUUCCCAUUACGAGCUGACACCACUGAUCAGGAACGUGAAUGGGUGAAUGCUGACUUAGUGCAAAACUCUGAAAACAAGUCGGACUUUGAUGUCGAUAGGAUGGGGUUACAAGGUGGAGUGUUGUGA